GUCGGCCGUCCAUCGCGAAAGGCCAUAAUUUAGUUUUGUGCUUACAUUAGUAUUAAUAUUGUCGCACAACGUAAUAGUUUUCACUUUACUUGCAUCAGAUAAUUGUGCAAUUCUAUUAACAGUCUACUAAUGCGGACGUUUAAAAACCGGCCGCAAUUCAGUCAUCACGUUGAGAUGUCUACAAGUUAGAAUAAUCAACUUGGGGUCCGUCCACUUUUUGUCGCGAUUACUAGUUUUUGACAGACGACGAUUACACGUUGAGUUUUCAUUUAAUACGCUUGACGAAAUAAUACGAAAUAACUAUGAGCGUUGUACAAGGUGGACUCAGCAAGCUGAAGAAAAAACAUAUUGGUGUCAAGAGACAGAAGGUUAAAUUGUUUCGUGCUAAUGAGCCACUGCUGUCUGUACUUAUGUGGGGUGUCAAUCAUACUAUUAAUGAGUUGAGUCAUGUGACAAUACCAGUUAUGUUACUUCCCGAUGAUUUCCGAGCAUAUUCAAAAGUCAAAGUUGACAACCAUUUGUUUAACAAAGAAAACAUGCCUAGCCAUUUUAAAAUCAAAGAAUAUUGUCCAUUGGUGUUCCGUAAUUUAAGGGAACGUUUUGGCAUUGAUGAUUUGGAUUAUAAAGAGUCAAUGACAAGGUCACAACCAGUUUCAGCCGAUGCAUCAGGAAAAAGUAAUGCAGGUUUUUACUAUUCCUAUGACAAAUUAUUCAUCAUUAAAACAUUGACCAGUGAAGAGGUUGAGAGAAUGCACUCAUUUUUAAAACAUUAUCAUCCUUAUGUUGUUGAAAGACAUGGAAAAACACUCCUUCCUCAGUACUUGGGAAUGUAUCGCUUAACCGUUGAUGGUGAUGAACAUUAUGUUGUGGCUAUGAGAAAUGUAUUUAGUAAUCAUUUGGCUACACAUAGAAAAUUUGAUCUCAAAGGUUCUACAGUAGAUAGAGAAGCUUCAGAUAAGGAGAAGGAAAAAGACUUACCAACAUUUAAAGACAAUGACUUUGUCAAAGAACGUACAAAAAUAUAUAUUGGAGAUGAAGCAAAAGAUAAACUUUUAGAAACACUUGGAGCAGAUGUUGAUUUUUUGACAGGCUUACAUUUGAUGGAUUAUAGCCUGUUGUUGGGUAUACAUGAUUGUACUCGCGCAGAACGUGAAAGAGAAGAGGCUAUUGCUAGUGGUACUGGAGAUGUUAAUGCAGAAGAAGAAGAUGAAGAUGCUGAAGAUAGUGAGGGUGCUGGAAAUACAGUGACAUGGGCAAAUACACCUCCAGAUUCACCACAUAGCUUAUUAGCACGUGAUACUAGUCUCUGUCAAUAUGAUGCAGCAGCUAUAAUUCCUGAUCUCGAUAUCUAUGCUAUACCUAGCAGUGAAGGUGCACCAGUACGAGAAAUUUAUUUCAUUGCAUUAAUUGAUGUACUUACACAUUAUGGUGUUAAGAAACAAGCAGCUAAAGCUGCUAAAACAUUGAAACAUGGAUCAAACGUGGAUGGCAUAUCAACAUGCGAUCCAGAACAAUAUGGCAAACGUUUUAUUGAGUUUUUAUCAAAAGCCAUUGAAUAAAAUAUUUCUUCCAUUUUAAAACAAACUAUAUAUAGUGUGCUAAGUAUUAUAAUUUAACGCUAGUUUCUCUUGUAUAUGGCAACGCUUGCUAUAAACACUAUAUAUUAUUACAGAUUUGAAAUGAACA